GAGGCGACGACUGUUUUCGCAACAGAACACCGCCAUGGCUUCUACAGCUUCAAGGUUUCUCCGGAAACUACCGAGGUCUCUCAAGCUCCCUCAAACCCUUGUUCGUAGCAACAUCACAAGGGUUUUAAGCUCUUCGACUCAUCAAACCACUGAUCCUUCAGAUUCAUUACGGCGAAUAGGAUCUCGUCUUCUCCGACAUGAUUCUAUCGCUACAAGAAGCUUCUCUUCUCAAGAAGGCCCUGCUCCUAUCGAUUACAGUUCGAUUCUGCAAGAGGAUGAGUUUCAUAAAUUAGCCAAUGUCACUAUCAAUCACCUUCUUGAGAAGAUUGAGGAUUAUGGUGAUAAUGUCCAGAUUGAUGGUUUCGACAUAGAUUAUGGGAAUGAAGUUCUCACACUAAAGCUUGGAUCUUUGGGCACAUAUGUGCUCAAUAAGCAAACUCCUAAUCGGCAAAUCUGGAUGUCUUCACCUGUCAGUGGCCCGUCUAGAUUCGACUGGGAUCGUGAUGCAAAUGCGUGGAUUUAUCGGAGGACAGAGGCGAAGUUGCAUAAACUGUUGGAAGAGGAGUUAGAGAGUCUAUGUGGCGAACCAAUUCAACUCUCAUGAGAAAAAGCCCUUUAAACGAUAUUUGUGGGUUUAUCUUUAGGAACUUGGAACUGCUAUCUAUGCCCAUCAAAAGUGGUAUCUAGGAAACAUUCAGAGGAAUAAACAAACUGGAAACAAGAAGAAAAAGUUGUUUCAGCAUUUACACGUUUAACUAGAGCUGAAGCUGCUUUUAUGCGUUUUAUAUCAA